AUGGCCUAAACUUUUUUCCCCUAUCCCAUCCAUUAACCUAGCAACCCGAAUUUCUUCCUAAUGUUGUAUUGUUGUCGUAGUCACUUCCAAAUUCAGAAGCUAGGGAUCCCUCCAAAUAUUAAUAGUUUGCCCACCAUCCACCCUUGAGCAAAAACAAGCAUUGAUAACCCCUCCAUACCUCUCAAUUCUCAAAUGCUUCUCUACUCUGCUAGCUAUAAGAACUCGUAGCAUACAAUAUCUAAUUUGAAUGAUACUCGCAAGUGAAUGAGGUUAUGUAACAAGUGGCCACUUAGAAUAGCAAGUUUCCAGAUUCUCAUCGCUCUUGCUCUUUGCCUUGUAAAUUAAAAUUCAAUCCACCCUUUCUUUCCACUGUGGCUCCGUUCCAUUUCUCAUGUUACUGAAUCCUCCCCAUGUCGGCUCGAAAGAGAAGGAAAUUUUCACCGGCAAACAAAAGAUAUGAGGUUUGAGGAGGGUUUUGAUCUACGAUCGAGUGGAAGAAUUCUCACUGCUCUGAAGCACAGACGGAUCAAUGUUGUGUAAAGGGUCACUCAUAUUUCCCCUUUUAGCUACUUUGCUUCUCUUCUCCUCUUUAUAUCCCGUAUCAUCUCAGGCAAAAGAUGGGAAGCCCAAUUCAGGUGAAAUUCAUAGUGAUGAUAUUGUGGUUUUGGGAGAGGAAAGAAGGAUUCUUGCUGAAAGUCCCAGUGGUGAGCAGCCAUUGAACUCAUCAUCACUCAUCUUAGCUGCGAAAAGGACAUACAGGAAAGACCCUCUCAAUGAUUUCCAGAAAUACACGGGUGGCUGGAACAUUAGUAACCGCCAUUACUGGGCUUCUGUGGGGUUUACUGCUGUUCCAUUCUUUGUAGCUGCUCUUAUAUGGUUUGCAGUCUUUGGGCUAAGCUUGUUGUUCAUUUGUGUAUGCUACUGCUGCUGUGCAAGGGAACCUUAUGGAUAUUCCCGAUUAGCAUAUGCUCUCUCUCUGAUCUUCCUCAUUCUCUUUACUAUUGCUGCAGUAGUUGGCUGCAUUAUUCUGUACGUUGGACAGGGAAAAUUUCAUAGCAGUACAAUAAAUACUUUGGACUAUGUAGUUCACCAGGCAAAUACAACAGCAGAUACUCUCAGGGAUGUCUCAGGUUAUCUGGCAGCAGCCAAACAGGUCUCAGUGGCUCAAUUUCUUCUUCCUGGUAAUGUGAAAAGUGAUAUCGAUGACAUCCUGACCAAGAUCAACUCUUCCUCGAGUGAACUUGCUAGUAAAACUUCAGAAAACAAAGAUGAUAUAGACAACCUGAUAGAGUCUGUGAGAGUGGCUCUUAUUGUUCUAUCUGCUAUUAUGCUCCUUUUAACAUUUCUUGGAUUCGUGUUUUCUAUAUUCGGGAUGCAGUUUCUUGUGUACAUCUUGGUGGUCAUUGGAUGGAUUCUUAUAACUGCGACUUUCAUUUUAUGUGGCAUAUUUCUUCUUCUUCACAAUGUGACAGCAGAUUCUUGCGUGGCAAUGAAUCAGUGGGUCCAAAACCCAACGGCUCAUACAGCUUUGGAUGACAUACUGCCAUGUGUGGACAACGCCACUGCACAAGAAACUUUGAAGAAGAGCAAGGAAGUUACAUACCAACUCUCUGAUGUCAAUAACAAAUUCAUCACCACUGUCUCAAACAAUAACCUUCCUCCCAACUCUGGUCCUCUUUACUUCAACCAAUCCGGACCUCAGGUUCCAAUCCUUUGCAAUCCGUUUCAUGCUGACCUAACGGAUCGGGCAUGUGCUCUUGGAGAAGUGCACUUGAGCAGAGCGACAAAGGUCUGGAGUAACUAUGUAUGCAAAGUUUCCUCUAGUGGCAUAUGCAUCACAACGGGUCGUCUGACACCCAUGAUUUACUCCCAAAUGGCUGCUGCUGUGAAUGUAAGCUUCGGGCUGUACCAUUACGGCCAGUUCCUUACCGAUCUCCAAAACUGUGAUUUUGUGAGAGUCACUUUCAACGAAAUACACACAUCACACUGUCCUGGUCUACGUCGCUACAGCGAGUGGGUCUAUAGUGGGUUAGUUGUGGUUGCUGUUGCAGUAAUGCUCUCUCUUACAUUCUGGGUCGUCUAUGGGAGAGAGAGGCGCCACCGGAGAUACACUAAAACGCAUAUGCUGAAACAGCCCGGGGAAGAGUAAGAGGGGGGCCUGUAUUACAAAUGCUUUCACGUCUCAUUGGGGGACACAACUCUUAUCAUUUUUCAUGUGUGAUAUUGUGUGCAUACUCGGAACAGGAUGUUUUUCGAGCUGCUGGUCUAUUGUGUGUAAAGUAGGGGUGUCAAGAGAAUCAACUUGACCACGGGACUAAUGGGAGAGGCGGCACCACAUCUAUACUAAACCACACUGGAUUUUAUUUCUGUAUCAUAUUUUUGUUUCUGCAUAUUGGGAAGUUUUUAUGCAAAUGUAUGUCCGUACUCCGUAUGGC